AUGAAGAGUAGAACAAUAUGGUCAAAAAAAGGUCCUGGGGUAGUUGCCAACCAAAGGCGACGCACCCUAAGCGAAUGCGCCGAUCCCACAGCAAAUUCCCAUUCGAUUCAAUCUGCGAACCUCCCCUCCGUCGACAUCACCACCAGCACUUCCCGCAGCACCCCGUCGCUCGCAAUAAUGGCUGCCAUCAACAAGAUCGCCCCCAACUCGCCGUCCCGGCAGAACCCCUCCGAGCUGGAGACCGCGAUCGCCGGCGCUCUCUUCGACCUCGAGAGCAACACACAGGACCUGAAGGCCAGCCUUCGUCCCCUGCAGUUCGUCUCUGCCCGCGAGGUUGAGGUCGGCCACGGCAAGAAGGCCAUCAUUGUCUUCGUCCCCGUCCCCCUCCUGACCAACUUCCACAAGAUCCAGCAGCGUCUUACCCGCGAGCUCGAGAAGAAGUUCUCCGACCGCCACGUUCUCUUCGUGGCUCAGCGCCGCAUCCUGCCCCGCCCCAAGCGCUCCGCCAACUCGCGCACCACCCAGACCCAGAAGCGCCCCCGCUCGCGCACUCUGACCGCUGUCCACGACUCCAUCCUCUCCGACCUCGUCUACCCCGUCGAGAUUGUCGGCAAGCGCACCCGCACCAAGGAGGACGGCUCCAAGACCCUCAAGGUCAUCCUCGACGAGAAGGAGCGUGGUGGUGUCGACCACCGCCUCGAUGCCUACGGCGAGGUCUACCGCCGCCUCACCGGCCGCUCCGUUGCCUUCGAGUUCCCCCAGAGCGGCGCUGAGUUCUAAAUGCACAUUUAGAAUUCAUUGUUCACUUUGACUUUUUUUGGGGCUAGGGGCUUGGAAUGUGCUCGGUUGAUGCGUGGGAAAAUGGCAUUGUUUCUAGUUUUGAAUUGUUGCUAGAUUCAACGCCAUUCAUGGGUUCCAAAGAGAUGAUCUCCAUAAAAAUGCAUUGACGGUUUUUUCUCUUUUCUUUUUUUGCCCCCAGUCACUGGUUGCAUUGGUUUUUGUAUCCGGUGUGAGCUCUGGGUGAGGCGAUGGAGUUGAGUUCUCUCUCUGUCUCCCGAUCUAAUGAAGGUGGGAUGGAAUCUCUGAUAGUAUUCCAAUUCAACAAUUCCGACUUUUCA